AGUUUUUUUUUGGGAACAUUCGACAUCAGCCGGGGGGGUAACCCAAGGGGACGGUCUAUAAUAAAAGUUGAAGUAGAGAACAAUCUUCUGCGAUAGUACUACUCUAGGGCGAAAAAUAGCAAGUAGUAGGGACGAGCAGUUUCAGCAGCUAGCAAAAACGCAAUCAACAUGUCGCUCGGGGAAAUGGACAUGAAGACGCGGUUCAUCCCGAACCAGAUCCAUCUGACCAGUACUACGUUCAGGACGCGCAGGUCGAAGUCGCUCGACCAGCAAACCCUGCUGAUCGAAAACGUACCCGGUCGCGCGCCCAGGGACGUACCAGACCGCGCGACGGUACAUCCGCCGCGAAAGCCCAGUACGACCUACCAGGUAACCUGCUAGAGGACUUUCGAGCGCUUUACGUUGUGAUUAGAAGUAGAGAUGGAAUUCGUUAUAUUUUAGAUGAACGGAAUCUCUGAAAUAAUUCAGAUUGUAAUAAAGUAUGGCUUAGUUUUGCCUUUGCCAGCAAACCCUUGUGCGGUCAACGCGAUACAAUUCGAAUUCCAAAUGAACAACGAACAGGUAAUCAAUGCUCCUCCAGACCGUGUGUAUGGCCAAGUCUCGCGCACGAAGUUUUUACGACGCUGAUCAAAGAUUGUGGUGGGCUUUGUCAUGUAUAUCCCAAGGUGUAUUUGUUUCGUUUGCAAUCGGAAUCACGAAGAAAAAAAUGCGAUCGGAUUUGUAGAGUGCAUGGCAUGACAUGCAACAUACCACCACGAUCUUUUAUCGCCUUCAUAGAAUGGUGGUGAAGCCACGACGCAAGAUGCGAAUCAAACGUGGUGGGAAAGGGGGGAACACUGGAAUCGUGACAGCAACAUCAAACGAUGGAAUUUUCAGGAGGUGCGAAGGAAUGCGGCACAGGUAAAGAUAUGCUGUAGUGAUGAAAAUGAUUUUUUGAUGCUCUGCACCUGCAGAGCAGGAAAAAUGAUUUUUCCCGCACGUCUGGAUGAAGGCACGAAAAUCCUAGUUGGGUUCUCUUCGAUCGUUUCAUUUUUUUCAAUCCGCAACAUACGAAUGCAGGGAUCGCACGACGUUCACCGGCAUGAGCAGAUCAACCACGAGCGACUCGCCGCCGACCGUGAGAACCCGGUCGACAUGUUUAAAACGUGGAUUCCGCCCCGGAAGUACGACAAAUACAACCCAAAACCGGGGGCGGCCCGGGACUCCUUAUGAAAUGCAAAAAUGUCAUCUGGGGCUGGAAGGUCAUAACUUGUCAUGCUGUCUGUGGAUCCUAAAAAAAUUUGGAUUGCAUAUCACCAUCAAGAGGGGUCGGAAUUGUCCUACGUAGAGAGGGCAUUUCUCAUGCGGUAGAGGUAUCACAAAGCCCUCUGAAAAUCAGUGAUGCUACGGCUUGCAUCACAGACAUCAUGGCUCAUGGAAAAUAUGCAUGACAAGUCUAGAAAUCUUCCAGACCCAGACAUUUUUGCACUUGAUACUCCUGCGGCAUCCACAACCAGCUCGCGCGGAAAAAUACCGAGUACGGCUGGUGCUACGACUAUCAUUUGUAAAAACGUCCCCACCCCAGAGUUGUCAUGCAGAUUUGCACUGACAGGAACAUUUGUAAUGCGCAUCACUAUGAGAGCAAUUUCUAGUCGUGUUGUGGCAUUUGUAAUGCUGUAACCAGGAUCAGUAGAUGGAUUUGUGAUGCGUUUUCCCUUGCUAACCUGCACUACACUACGGACGGCAACUCGUGAUGCAUGAGUCCCAAAACUUCUAGGUUUGUGUUGCAAAAUCCCCAUCUUGACUCUGGUGUGGGGACGUUUUUACUCAGGAUAACGACGGCGACUCGACCCGGCCCUCGGCGAUUUACACCAAGAAGUUCCAGAAAAUGGGCGAAGAUGCGUUCCGGAAGCGGGGGACGUGGGUGAUCUAAGCAGACUACAGGACAAGAAGUACAGAUGGGUGGUUCAGGUUCUUAAAUGAGUCAGAACAGUCAACAGUAGCCGUGCAUUUGCUGUUCUAUUGCAGGGUGUUGCACGUGGUCAUGGAGUCGUGUAGCUUCUGGUUUUGUUUGAGCUGAGCGCUUUUCUUGCGCAGAUUUCAGUUUUCGCUUUUAACCUCAUGUUUCCGUUGAUAAGUACAGCAUUUCGCUUUUAUUCUAUUUUUUUACGCUUUUGAGCACUCUUUGGGAAAAUUUUCUGCUAAAUAUUGCAUCGCUCUACGUUGAUAUUUGCAUACUUUUUUGAAACCAUGCAUCCAUAUCCACUCUCACACCAAACUUGUACAUAUUUUUGAGUCGAAGUGCCAUCGCAUGCGAUACCGAAAACUGUACCAUAUUUUUGUUUGCCCCUAGUGGGUUAUUUCUAGUAAGAACUGGAAACUGGUGUUUUAGGCGCUUUUUCCCUCGCUUGUGAGGCUAAGGAGUGUGC